CCGCUGCCACAUUCUGCGGUGACGUCAGCGGGAGCCGCCAUCUUGGCCGAGCAGCCUGCAGCCGCCGCCUCCUCCGCAGCGCAGGACCGGAGACCGCACCGGGGGGGAGAGCGGGGCCUGAUGAGCCUAGCCCGGGCCGGCAGAUAGCCCUCCCCCGCCCGCCCAGCGUGUGAUUCCCGCUCCCCAAGCCCCAGCACAGGAUGAGCUCCGUCACCCAGCGCAACUCCGGCCUAGUGCAGCGCCGCACCGAGGCCUCCCGCAGCGACCGGGAGAGGGCGGCCGAUGGGCUGGACGGGGACAGGGACCGGGAGGAGCAGGAGGAUGAGGACAGGGCCGGGGACAAGGAGGCCAGGCUCACCCUCAUGGAGGAGGUGCUGCUGCUGGGCCUCAAGGACAGGGAGGGCUAUACAUCCUUCUGGAAUGACUGUAUUUCCGCUGGCCUACGCGGGUGCAUGCUGAUUGAGCUGGCGUUCAGAGGACGGAUUAACCUGGAGGCUGGUGGAAUGAGACGUAAAAGUCUCCUGGCGAGAAAGGUGAUCUGCAAAUCGGAUGCUCCGACAGGCGAUGUCAUGCUUGAUGAAGCCCUAAAACACAUUAAGGAAACCCCUGCCCCAGAGACUGUGCAAAGCUGGAUAGAACUCCUCAGCGGUGAGACCUGGAACCCGCUGAAGCUCCACUUCCAACUCCGAAAUGUGCGAGAACGCUUGGCUAAAAACCUUGUGGAAAAAGGCGUCCUGACAACCGAAAAGCAAAACUUCCUCUUGUUUGACAUGACCACGCACCCGCUCACCAACAAUAACAUCAAGCAGCGUCUCAUAAAGAAGGUGCAGGAAGCAGUUCUUGACAAAUGGGUGAAGGAUCCUCAUCGCAUGGACAAGCGUUCGCUGGCCCUCAUCUAUCUAGCCCAUUCUUCUGACGUCAUCGAGAACGCCUUCGCCCCGCUUCUGGACGACCAGUAUGAUUUGGCCAUGAAGAGAGUCCGACAGCUGCUCGAUCUUGACCCAGAAGUGGAGGCCACCAAGGCAAAUGCUAAUGAGAUUCUAUGGGCUGUGGUGGCCACCUUUACAAAGUAAACACGGAGGACGGGAGUGUUCAUUCUACCUAAAACCAGUUGUUUCCUCUCAA